AGAAAAUGUUGGUAAAUGCUAUAUAUAGUCAUAAGUGCAUCCAUACAUGGGGUGGUCGGGGAAAGCCAUUCCUUGAGUGAGAGGGUAAUAUUUUUGUUACCAUCAGCAAGUACCUCCCAAGCGGCAUCAGGCUCGUCUGCUACCGCUUUGCGCUGUUUUAAUCUCAAGGGGAAAUCAAGCUCUAAGUCUGUGAACCAGGUGCAGCACACCCACGCCACAGAGGCUAUGGCUGAACCAGCCUAUACAGUGCCGGCGUUCAGCCAGAGGAGCGCCGGUGAGAUAGAGGAGUACCAGCGAGUGUCUAGUCAUGUUGGGAAAGGACUUGCUUCAAUUCAGAAGGAGCUCCACAGGAUGCGAGUGGCCACAAAGACCCAAGUGGAGAAUAUUGAGAUUAAGAGAGAGGUGCAGGAGAUGAUGCACAAGAAGGUGACGUCGAUUACGGAGACGGACAAGGCCCCUGACUUCCUGGUGGCUCUGAGGCCCCACGCCGCGUGGGAGAAGACUCCUGUCAAGCUGUUCUGCACCGUAGGCGGUCACCCCAGGCCUAUUGUCAAAUGGUAUAAGGGAGGAAAACCUGUUGACCCACUGAGUGCCCCAGGAAAGUACAAGAUUGAGAGCAAGUAUGGAGUACACAGUCUGAUUAUUAGCAGGUGCGUGGUGAGUGAUACUGCAGAGUACAGCGCCGUGGCAACGAACUCCCAUGGAUCAACUACCAGCAAGGCCUUUGUCACUGUCAAUAGACCAGCAGGAGGAGCCUAUGGGUCCUGCCAGCUUUCUGGUCAAGUGCCCCACAUGACUGUGAUCCACCACAGUAAGCUGGAGAUCACCAUGCUGGAUAGGUUUGGAGUGUCGUUCGGAACAGAGGGAGGUUCCAUUAGUCUGGUGUGUACCAUGGUGGUGGUCCCUGAUCUGCCCAACGUACCACCACUGGCCCAGUGGUACAGAGACGAUAAACUGCUGAAGGCUGGGAAGUUGGCUGAGAUUAAGGUUGGUGGGGGCGCUGCCACUUUGACUUUGCCCCACCUGGCCAAGGAUGAUGAGGGUCUGUACACCCUCCGCAUGUGGACGAAGGACGGCACCACCGAGCACAGCGCCUACCUCUUUGUGAAAGAUGCUGCUCCCGCUGUGGCCGGAGCACCUGGUGCACCAAUCAGCGUCAAGGCGUUUGACAUCAACUCGGACUACGUCCUGGUUGCCUGGAAACCCCCCAACACCACCAACGAGGCUGCCAUCACCGGAUACUUUGUGGACAAACGUGAGUCUGGUAGUGCUACCUGGUCCCAGUGUAACGACGCCCCAGUGCGGAUCUGUAAGUACCCCGUGCACGGCCUGAGCGUGGGUCACGCCUACCACUUCCGGGUCAGGGCUGUCAACAGUGCCGGGAUCAGCAGACCGUCCCGGGAGUCUGACAAGGUGACUGCCCUGGACCCAGCUGAGCGAGAGAGACUGCAAGUGAUUAAACUGGAUGGGAAACAUGAAGUAGUGAUUAAAGAGGAUGACCUGGAAGGUUACGUUACAUUGCCGGGGGAGCCUACAGAUGUGCAUGCCUCAGAGAUAUUCAAAUCAUAUAUCGUGCUGAGCUGGAAACCCCCCAGCCCUCGUGGACGGGCACCACUGUGGUACAUCAUUGAGAAGUCCGUGUCAGGCACUGGGGCUUGGCAGAGGAUCAACACAGCAGUGAAACUGCAGUCCCCUCGCUACCCCGUUUUCGAUUUGGAAGCCGGGAAAAAGUACCAGUUCCGUGUGCAUUCUGAGAACUUGUACGGGGCCAGCGAGGCCUCUAAGCCUACAGAUCCCAUCGAAAAGGUGGAUGAGCAUGGUGUUCCCUCCGCUCCUGGUCAGGUGGUUGCCACCAGGAACACCAAGUCCUCUGUGUUUGUGCAGUGGGACCCCCCCAAACACCCCAACCACCUCAUUGGGUACUACAUAGACGCCUCUUUGGUGGGAUCAAAGACCUGGGCCCCAUGCAACCACAAGCCCUACAAGCACACCAGGUUUGUGGUCCAUGGACUGACCCCGGGGGAGACCUAUGUGUUCCGUGUCCAGGCUGUCAACAUCUAUGGCCUCAGUGAUGAGUCCCAGGAGUCUACUCCUAUUGCUGUGGAGCCCGCCCUCAAGAGUUUUAUACUGAUAUUCUUCAUUCUUGAAUUUUAUCUUGCAGCCCUGAACACCAUGCUGGAACUCAGCUACAACAUCAGACAUCCAAUUGUCCCACUGAAGCACCAACUGAACUAUGAGGUUCUAGAGAAGGGCCAUGUGCGUUUCUGGCUGCAGUGCCUCAAGAUGUCACCCGCCGUCACCUAUAGGUUCAUUGUCAACGACAAGGAGGUCACCAGCAGUGAUAGCCACAAGAUCAGCCAUGAUGUGAACACCAGGGUGAUCCAGAUGACUGUGGAUCACUUCUCCAAGGCCAGCGAGGCCACCUACACCGUCCAGAUCCACGACGGCAGAGCCAAGAACCAGAGCUCUCUGGUCCUGGUGAGAGACGUGUUCAAGGCUGUCUUGAAGGAGGCUGAGUUCCAGAGGUCAGAGCACAUCCGGAAACAAGGUCCCCACUUUGCUGAGUACCUUUCCUACCAUGUGGAUGACGACUGUACUGUUCUGCUCGUCUGCAAGGUUGCCAAUGUGAAGAAAGAGACUGUGUUCCACUGGCUCAAGGAUGAGGAGGAGAUUGUUCUGGCGACCCCUCCUAACGUGAUGUCUGGAUCCGUUGCUCUCCCCAUCUCCUUGUUCUCCAGAAAAGACCAGGGCCAUUACAAAGCUAAACUCAGUGAUGACAGAGGGAAAGACACUUCUGUCUUUGACAUUUCUGGCCAAGUAUUUGAUGAUAUUAUCAACGCCAUUGCCCACAUUGCUGGGUCUUCUGCCUCUGAGCUGGUGCUUCAGUGUACCCCAGAAGGCAUCAGGCUCCAGUGCUACAUGAAGUACUACACAGAGGAGAUCAGGACUGCCUGGUUGCACAAGGAUAGCAAGAUCUCGUCGUCUGAGAAGAUGAGGAUCGCCGGCACAGCUGAGAUGGCCUGGAUGCAGAUCAGGGAGCCAUCAGAGAAGGAGAAGGGACACUACUCCAUCCAGAUUAUGGAUGCCACCAAGUCCCACACUCGCACAUUCGACCUCUCCGGACAAGCAUAUACCGAUGCCUAUGAGGAGUACCUGAGACUCAAGGCUGCAGCCUUCGCUGAGAAGAACCGUGGUAGAGUGGUUGGUGGUCUGCCGGAUGUGGUCACCAUUAUGGAGCAGAAGACCCUGAGCCUGACCUGCACAGUCUGGGGUGACCCCAGUCCAGAGGUCACCUGGUUCAAGAAUGAAAAUGAGGUAGUCUCCACUGAGCACGCCAAGAUAACACUUGAGGCCAAUAAGUUCGCCAGCCUCACCAUCACCGCCGUCACGCCGGAAGACUCCGGCAAGUACAGCAUCAACGUACGGAACAAAUAUGGCGGGGAGUUCGUGGAGAUCACCGUGAGCGUCUACAAGCACGGCGAGAGCCCCCCCGAGCCUAAAAUGGGAGGGAGAGGAGCAACACCUGCACCCCUGGCCUCCAAGACCCCUGCCCAAACCCCUACCCCUGCCCAAACCCCCAUCCCCCAGACCCCCACCCCAUCCCUUAAGUCCCCCACCCCUUCCCUAAGGUCCCCUACCCCAACCGCCAAAUCCCCAACCCCCCCUAGGCAUGUUAAGUCGCCCAGCCCUGCCAGAUCUCUCAAGUCACCAACCCCCCCUAGAAAGUAACCAGGGAUAUUGAUGCCUGAGAAGGCUUGAAGCAUUUUCUGCUACUGAUUUAUAGCAUGAGUUGAGUGAAACCAGAAGCUGUUACAUGAAGGUGUCCAUUUUAGGUGUCAUAUGUCAUACACCUUGGUCACUGAGCUUUAACAUGCAAGAAAUGUUUGAAAAAAUAAAUGAACAGAGUAGAUGUUAAUCAUAAGUGUUAAUAAUUUUAAAAAAGCUGCACCUUCCACUAUACUGUACUAUAUAAUGGAAUGUCUGAAGACCUGGGAUCAGCCUGCCUAAAGUGCCUGGUGGGCAGGGUUUGUGCCAGGUGGUGCCAAGGGGGCGGAAUUUUCCAUUGCAACAGGCAAGCUCAAUCAAGCACAGCUAAAGUAUUUGAAGUGAAUUCAAAUGGUAUUUGAGCCCAGGUCUGAAUGUCUGUGUCCAUUUCUCUGUGGGUGGUGAAUAGAUGUCGGAGAGUGCAGACGGAAAGACACACAGCCAGUGCCGUCCGCACUGCAGUUGCUAUGCCAGAGAAGUUACGUUUGUCUGCACCAUGUUGUGUUUCCCCCUUUGCUUUGUGUUAGAAAUAAACCUCAUUUAUCACCUCU